AUAUUUAUUUAUAAUUCGUAUGUUUUGCAACAAUUAAAUACAGAAGUUAUGAAAACUGAAUUAAAUGAAAAAUGGAUUGUAUGUCGGGUGUGCCUGAGCAAUCCCAACGACAGCGAAGAUCUAUUGGUGGACAUAUUCAGUCAAAAUGCCAGCACCCGCCUUGAUCAAAUGCUCCACAUCUGUGCUGGAAUCCCUGUCAGCAUCGAUGACAACUUUCCAGACAAGAUGUGCAGCAAAUGUGUACGAGUACUGCGCAUAGCUUACAAAUUCCGUCUGACUUGUCAGCGGUCGCAUCAACAUAUCGCGGAUAUGCUUUCCACGGAAUUAGACACCAGUGGAGGCAACGAUUACGAGGAAGAUGAGGCCAUAGCGCAUGCUUGGGAGGAGCAGACACAAAUCAAAAUCGAAGGCGAAGUCGAAGAAGCGAGCGGUGAAUUCAUAAAUUAUGUAGUUUCAGCAGUCGACGCUGAGGACGACGGGGAUGAGGAUGCCAUUGUUUAUGAUGCCACCAACACUGAGGAAGAACAGAAUGCCGUUGUAUACGAUGACGCAACAGUUGUUGAAGUAGCAGAGGCAGAAAUCGAGACGGAAACUGAAGUCGAAAACUUCGCAGACUAUGAGGAACUGGAAGUUCUGGCCACCGAAUCGCUGCCCCCAAGUAGCAAUGAAAUACAAACAAAAGUAGCCACUCAGCGCAUUGUGUGGGCCGACGUGGCCGAUGAUGAUAUGAAGCAUGAUAUUUUAAGCUCCGACGAUGAACAUAAUGUGCCCGAUACUAAGGCGGAACCACGUCUGCUAAAUCGUGUGCGACAGCCGCGGAAAGUGCAACUGCGACCGAAGACUUCGGCAGGCUCUUUAGACGCUGUGCAGGAGGAGAAGAAAAUGGGACGCAAACCGCGCGACAAACAUUCCAAUUAUAUUUGCGAUGUUUGUGGGAACAUUUAUCCUUCACAGGCGCGCCUCACCGAGCACAUGAAAUUCCACAGCGGAGUCAAGCCGCACGAGUGCGAGAUCUGUGGUCGUGGAUUCGUCCAGAACCAGCAACUGGUGCGACAUAUGAACACACACACUGGCAAUCGACCUUACAAGUGCGAUUUCUGCCCAGCGGCCUUCGCUGAUCGUUCCACAAAGACAAAACAUCAUCGCAUACAUACAAAGGAGCGCCCAUAUGAAUGCGAUGUCUGCCUUAAAACAUUUACAUAUUCGGACAAUUUGAAAUUUCACAAGAUGAUACACACAGGUGAAAAGCCGCACGUUUGUGAUCUGUGUGGCAAAGGAUUUGUCAAAGCCUAUAAAAUGCGAUUGCAUCGUGUGACGCACGAGAAACGAGGACCCUGGAAACCUGUUGAGUUGGACUUGGAGGCGCAAGAACGCAUUAAAGAUAAUGUGUCCGAGAUGGUGAUUGGCAUAUUGCCAUCGGCUUAGGCCUUGUAUAAAUCAUAAUUGUAAACUUAUAUUUUAUUAAUUAUUAUUUAAUAAGUUGUGUGCUAAUUGUUUCACUUGUGCUCCU